AUGGUUUGCAAAGAGGACGUGGUAUCAUGGUUUAAAGAAUUGGAAAGCUAUAAACGUAUAGAUGCAAUGUGUACAUUACUAAAUAUGUGCUUGCCAUUUGAAUUACGCUUUAUUGGCACGUACCUUGAAGAGCUUGGUAAGCGCGAUUUUCAGGAGUUGCGUGGUGCGGAACUAAGAGCAAACAAUCCCACAGAUCUCGCUGCUGAUAUCGGUGGAGCAGACACAGAUUCGCGUACUCGACGGAAAAUGGCUUUAUAUGUUUCACUGUUGCGAUCGUGUAAUUUUGCUUGUGCUACCACAUUAUACAAUGCCAUGGUCAGUUUAGAACAGAGUGGCCUGUUGAAAGGUUUAUAUGGCGAUCUACUCGAAGAAAUACUUCUGUUGUACACAAUGGCCUUGCACCAUCCAGCCUUCACAUUUGAUCAGAAAUCACAUUUCGGAGAGAUAUUAGAAAAGCUGAAAAUUGAGGAUCAACGGAUACAAUAUCAGGAACAGCAAGAUCAUAAUAUAAAUAUUGCUCCUGUGAGUGGUUGCCAAACCCAGACUAGUAUCACUCCCAAUAUGUCAGUCCCGCCACCUAAUUUGUCUAGCUUGGGGCCACCACCUGGUAUCAUGUAUGUUAAGCCACCCGGGGUGCAGCCACCCAGUUCAGAUGGAGUUUCCGAACUAAGCUCUCCUCCAGUGCUCAGUGGUGCGACAAACUUGGUGCCACUGUUAGGAGAAGUACCACAUCCGCCUCCUGGCUUGCCACUUCCACAGUACAAUGUUGGAGAUUUCCUAGGCCAGCAUGCAUGGCCUGCGAACAUCAUAGUUUCACCGUUGAAUCAACCACUAGAGGUGAUGAACUACCCGGGCGGGCCCGGCGCGCCGGCGUCGCCGCUGGUGUCGUCGCCGGGUGACAGCCGCGCCGCGUCCCCGCGCGCGCGUCGCCGCCAGUCGCGCGACCGCUCGCCGCCCCUCGUGCCGAUGCCGCCGCCGGACGCGCUGCCGCAUCUCACCGCCAACUUCGACAAUCUCACUAUUAAUGAGAUGCGGCAUAAUAUUGGAGAGGAGAGAUUAAGAGAGAUCACAGCGGUGCACCACCAGUACCGGUCGCUCGAGAAGCUAAAUGGCAUCCGGCGGCGCGCCGCGUUCUGUCCCCCGGCGCGUUCGUCGUCCGACAGCGGCUCCAGCGCCGCAUCCUCGCCGCCCGGCACGCCCGCGCCGCCCCGCCGCCCGCCGCCCUCCGCCCCGCCCGUGCCCUACAUGCCCUACACACGGCCCUAUCCCUACCCGACGCCCCCGCCCGCCUACCGAGCGCCCCCGCCGCCCUUCGCCAACGGUGAGCCCCCACCGUACCCCGCCCCUGCCCCGUUCACCGGCUUCGUGCCCGUACUGUACGCUCCACCGAAGCUGUCCUGUUGGAACUGCGGGGGCGCCGGUCAUGCGGGUCACGAGUGCAAGGAACCUAGCAUGGAGGAGAUGACUCGAGCCGGGGGGUACCAGUUGGACUUUGGAGGUGCCCCCCCGCCCGAGGCCGAGAAGUAG